CCUUGGGUUCGUUUGGAGAGUGAGACACCAUUUAAAAACUGUAUUUCGAUUCUUCCGAUCUCAAAAAAGAUGUAUCGUUCUCGAGACGAAGUGGAGCUGGAGAAAAGUGUAAGACGUCUAAGAGAGCAGUUCCAUGGGAAAAUUGCUAUUGACAAAGCAGUUUUGCUCAUGCGUCGCUAUGGUAAUAACUAUCGGAUGGUAGCUAUGGAAAUCGUACUGAUGAAGAAUAGAGACCUGGACAGUGAAGACAUACGAAAUCUGGAGACAGACCCCGUCGCUAAGAAUGUGAUACUUAAACUCCAGAAUGAAGAGAAGGAAAAAACACAAUCUCCACCCCCAAAACCUAAACCAAAGAAAGAGCCCAAAGACAAGGACAUACAGGAUCUCGCGGAUGGUUUGCGGGUGCUUCCCCUGACUGAGAAAAACAAACGCAUGUUUGACCAAGCCCAGAAAAACCUCAUGCCUUCUGCAUUACAUCAGUUCGCCUGCGCUCCGUGUGAUACGGACUGGUGGCGCUUGGUUCCCGAGAGAAAGAGGGUGUCCCGUUGUAAACGGUGCAAACAAAAGUAUGAUCCCGUGCCUGCCGGCAAAAUGUGGGGAAUUGCUGAGUUUCAUUGUCUCCAUUGCACACGCACUUUCAAGGGUUUUGGUCGGAUGGAUGUGGGUUCUCCUUGUUACACCUGUCGUAAUAUAAUCCUUCCAGGACAAAUUUUACCUCCCAGGAAAAAUAUGAUCAGGUCAAAAACCAAGCAUGAGCACAGCUGUUUAGCUGAAGACUGCUACAACAGACAAGAACCCCAUGUUCCUGGGACUGAGUGUGUCCACCCCCGCAGUCGUCAUAGGAACAAUAAGCCCAGAGUGGUGAACCCGAGUGAUGGUCACAUAAGCAGUGGCUCCACAGUGAACACCUGCCUGAGUCAGGGCAAUCUGGCCGACCUAUACGAGCUCAUACUGGAAGACAUCCGAGAGGAGCGUGAGGAAGAGUCGGACAGCAGCGCGAGUGGACACAGCUGAAACGAAUGCCUUUAUUAUAUAUAUUGUGAUGUCCCAGUCAGUGUCAAAGUGGCAGGGAUACCAAUGUCACCAGCACCUUCUAAUUAAGUUUGUACAGUUUUGUACCAUGGAGAUGUUUUGUUCUGAUGUUAUAAGUUUAAUCCUGGUUCAUUGCAUGCAACCGCUGAAAUUUUGUCCAUGUCAUAAAUCAUAAACGGCAAAUGUUUUCAUAUCAUAAAUGCUGUCAUAAACAGAAAACACUUCAUUGUCCUCUUCAAUACAAAACACAUAGUCUCACCCGUUGUGGCAACGUUACUAUUAAAUUAGCCUGCACGUAAUGCUUUUAGCAACAAUCAUUCCUUACUGAGCCCCAGUGAGUCCCUGAAAAGUUUCCAACUUAACCACUGCAUUUUUGGCAAUGUGUCCUCAAAUGAACUCUUAACAUUUUUCACAGAUGUUAGUCAGUGCUCAGGACUUUUGCCGUCUUCUCUUUGCUUUUCGAGCAAGCUUCUGAGCUGAUGUCAGGAUUACUUAACUAAUGUACUCCAGACACGGAAUUGGAUGCUUUUUGCAGCUUUCUAAAGCUGUUACAAUUUUGGUGUUGAAUUUUUA